GAACCGAAGGCUCGUGUCCGAACCACAGCCCUCGUUUCCCACCUCGUUGAAAUUUUCGCACUCUGUCCAUCUCACUUUAUCUUUCUCGCCCUCGUCCCCAAAACCCUCUCUCUCUCUCUCUCUGAAAAAAGGUCGUUUUUCUUCUCCUUCCAACCCAAACCCUAACCCUAGCCAGGGGCAAAACCGUAAAUCCGGCGCGAAGUCAGGGCAAUCGAUCUCGAUCUCCAUUGCAUAACCUUAUCUAAAUCCAAGUUUUUCGCGUCUGCUUUCUAACAGCUCACUGAUUCAUGCAGGCCUAUUUGAGCUGUUGAUGGGAUACUACAACAUAGAGACAAAACACGCACCUACAGCCCCUAAACUUGACAUUCCAUUUUCUUGCAGCCCUGUCAUAUUAUUUGGAGUGACAUUCUGAGGGAACUGGUAUCCAUAGGAUUUUCGCUUGUGUACAGAAAGGAGUAAGCUGUGGGACAUUCUUAUGGAGUGAAUUUGAGCAAAAGUUACUAUCAGAGCAUCACUUUCUCGCUCUUUGGUAGGCAUGAGAAGGUUUUGAGGUUUACUGAUCACCUUCCCUUAAUAGGCAGACCUUUUCUAUUUAGAAAGAACAAAAUCGAUCUGAACAAUUUGCAGGCCAUCUCAUCUAUGCCUGGCAACGAAGUUGCAGACAAGGUCCACAAUUUCUUUGAGCAAGACAGCUUGUCUCAGAGUCAGAACCAUUCUCAAGCUGCAAGUGGAAAUUGGUCAUUUUUAAACAACAACCAGUGGAUUGGCAACCAGAGACAGAAUGGAGCACCCGUAAAUUCCAACUCGAAGCACUGUGAUGUACAGGCAUCAGAUUCUGAGAGAGCACAAAGUUGGCAGGCUUCACAAAUAGCGCUUGGCACAGAUCUGACGCAAUUGAGUUUGAGACCUGAGUUUGUGAAAAGCCAACCUAGAAACCAACAGCUCAGUUUAAAUGGCUUUAUGCUUGGUCCUCAGGGUUUCCAGACAGCGCCCAAUCAGGCAGAGUUUCUUGGGGAUGAUACCAUUCCUGAUCGGCAUAAUUUAAUGUCUAGAAGCGCAGGUAUUCCUGAAUCACAACAAGGGAAUGCUCCAGAACACCCUCCAGGCUUCACCAGAAAUUCAGAACAGUUUGAAACUGCUGAGGCACCUGUUAAUUUUGACUUUCUUGGUGGUCCGCAACAGCUCAUGCGGAACCAACAGCUGGGUGUGCCACAACCUCGGCCAAGACAGCAGCCAGGUUUGAAUGACAUGCAGACGUGGCAGCAUCAUAUCAUGUACAAGCAGUUACAUGAGUUCCAGAAGCAGCAGCAACUUCAACAACUAGAUCAGGAAUCAAGGCAGCAUAAUUCCCUGAGCCAACUGUCUGCCAUUACAAAACAGUCAUCUGGUGAUCAGAUGCCUGCACUGGUCAAUGGGGCACCUGUUCAUGAUGCAUCUAACUACAUGUGGUCAGGUGAGCUUAUGGGAGGCGACUCCAGUGUUCCGAGCAGCUCCCAAAUGUUUAUGGUGGGUAACAUGAACUGGAUGCAGCGUAGCGGAUCUCCUGCUGUGCAAGCAUUUCCAAAUGGGCUUGUGUUGUCACAAGACCAAGGACAAGCUUUACGUUCAAUGGGAAUCAUUCCUCAACAGUUGGAUCAGUCUUUAUAUGGUGCUCCCAUUUCUAGCACGAGGGGUGCGUUGAAUCCGUAUUCUCAUUUUCAGGGGAUUUCUCAUGAUGGUGCUGAAAUGCUGACUAAGGGAAGUGGGAACCAAGUAGAGAAGCCAAUGCUUCAGUCGGCUGCCUUUGGUUCUUUUCAAAGUGAGCAGGGUGCUGCGUUCCCAAAUCAGGUAUGCACCCAGGAUGGUGCUUCAAUUUCUAAACAGGGGUUUCAAGGGAAAAAUCUGUUCGGCCAGGUUCCAAUACAAACUUUAAACAAUGGCAUUAUGCCGGGAAAUUUUCCGCAAGUAAAUCCCCUGCCAAGAAGCAUGCCUGUCCAGGAAUUUCAAGGGAGGCAGGAGCAACCUGGCUGGGCAGGGAACUUGCAGGAAAGAACAGCCACGCAUGUUGGCACUACGCAGGGCUUGGUAAAUCUAAAUCCAACUGAAGAGAAGAUCUUGUUCAGCACAGAUGAUGGUAUGAUGGAUGCUUCUUUUGGCAGGAGUGGUGGUAUGAGUGCAGGUGGAUAUCUGCAUGGAAAUCAGUUGGAAGGUACUGAUUACAUAAAUGCAUUUCCUUCUGUUCAAAGCGGGAGCUGGAGUGCUCUUAUGCAAUCAGCUGUAGCAGAAGCUUCUAGCAAUGAUACUGGGCUACAGGAUGAGUGGAGUGGCUUGAGUUUUCAGAAAACAGAACUUUCCUCUGGGAGUCAUCCGACAACAAUAAAUGACACUGGGAAGCAGCCAACUUGGGUUGAUAACAACUUGCAGACAGCCUCUGUAACUGCAAGACCCUUUCCUCUGUUUGAUGAUGCAAAUAUGAGUCCCAGCAGUCACAGUGUCCCCGGUCUUCAGCAACCAACUACAAAAUUUGCAUUUGACCAGAGUGAAACAGCAAGGACUGAUGCCUCCCAUGAAUCCCUUCAGCAUUCACCCAAAGAAGCUGGUCAUUGGUUAGAUCAGAAUCCACAACAAAAGCCAGUUUCUGAGGGCAGUCUCCAAGUUCAAACAUCUAUGCAUCUGGAGAACUCUUCGGAAGUUGCUUGGGGAAGUCGGAUGUAUGAGCAGUCACGUCGCUCUGCACAUUCCGAAGACAUGGAGUUAAAUGCACCAAACGUUCAGGGUUCCUGGGCUCAUCAGCAGAGGAUGUUGUCAUAUAAUAUUAGUAGCCAGCCUUGCAACAAACCUAACAGUCGUGAUAUCAAUGAGUCAGUCUCACGAAGUGGGGAUGCUACCCUGAAAAUCAGUCACAGUGAAAACACCACACAUCAUGCUCAGAACAAUGAUGGGAAGAGAGCCAUGCAUUUGAAAAGAGAUGAUGACAGUGGUAUGUGGAAGGCCGAUGAUAAUCUAGUGAAUAUUUCCCUCCCUAAUUCUGCUGGUGGGCUAGGAGUAAAAUCUGGAACAGCUAGCCCACGGGUGAAUACAGAAGACCGUUAUAUGAAUAAUUUUAGUGUGCUCCAAAAUUCAAGCUCAGCAAAGAUCAAUGAUGACAUUAAUCAACAGGCCUUAAAUUCCCGUCAGCUGGAAUAUGGGAAGCAUGCUUUCAUCGAUUCUUCUGUGAACUAUAGAGGACAAGAGAAUGCUGGAAAUUAUCAUCCCCAGCCAGGCAAGGGCCUACAGAUUCUGGAGUCAUCCAUGAAUAAUUCUGGCACAUAUGACAAGCAGCAGGCAAAUUCCUUACAGAAAGAGAUCUCUAGCACUAGUUAUGUUUCUGGUCGUUCUCAUCCUGGUCAGCAAACUGUUGGUGGAGAUGGCAUGAGAGAGACUGGCUGGUUAGGUACAAGUGAUUCCCGUCCUUUGGUUGGUGCCAACCAAAAGCCUGCUGGUCAGGCUAGUCGAAAAACAUCUGGGGCUCGCAGAUUUCAGUUUCAUCCAAUGGGGAAUUUGGGGGCCGAUGUGGAGCCUGCAGACACGACAAAGCAUGUGACACACACACAGGGCCCUUAUCAGCCGAUUGCUCAAGGGACGCAAAGUCAAGAGCAAGGAUAUUUUGGGGAACCGAAGUUUGUGGGUCAUGUUGUUUCGAAUGAUGAUCCCACUAUGGAAAAGGGUCAUUUACCAGAUUCCCAAAGUAAUGCAAAAGAAACGGAGGAGGUGCUAUCCAGAGGAGUUAAUCCUGGCUAUGGGUCUGCUAUGUCUACUUCCUUUGAUGGAUCCUCAAACAAAGGGACUGUUCAGACAAGUCAAAAUAUGCUCGAGCUUCUUCACAAAGUGGACCAGUCAAAGGAGAAUGACACUGCAACACACUUUGCCUCUUCUGGCCAUUAUUCAUCAGGAAUGCCUGAAGCAUUUGCUUCUGAUGCAUCAGCGGCUCGGCUACAGAACAAUCAAUCUUCUGCCUCUCAAGGUUUUGGUUUAAGAUUGGCACCUCCAUCUCAGCUGCUACCAAUUUCCAACCAUGCUUUGUCCUCUCAAGCCUCCUCUCAAACAGUUAAUGAUCUUAAUUCAAGGCACGUUGAUCCAGAGGGUAACUCCUCAGCAGCAGAUAAAUCUGGUCUGCCUGCUCCAGCAGUUCAGCUACCACAACAACACAUCUCCAACCAGUCCAAUCUUUCAUUUAUGAGUAAGGAUGAUCAAAAGGCAAACAGUGAACCUGGUUCUCGCUUAAGACAGGUGUGUGAAUCUCAAGGUGAAGUUGAGGCAGAUCAAUCUUCUCGGGCAUCUUCACGUGGUGCCGCUAGCAGGAUUCCACCUUUCAAUCUUUCUGCUCCUUCAGAAGCUCAUGUACCUGCUGCUUCUAUGCGUGAUGCUGGUCAUUCACAGCCUUCCUACUUGAAGGCUUCAGGCCAACAGUUCCUUGCUUCCCAAACUCCUGUUACAGCAGGUAUUUCUCAACAGGGUGCCUUCUCAACAGUGAUGCACAAUGUUUGGACCAACAUACCAGCUCAACAGCGUUUAUCUGGUGGCCCAUCAACUAAGGUUCCAUCCAAUUCAUUUCAGCCCAUCUACCCAUCACCUAGAAGUUUGGAAACAACUUCAUGGGCCUCGCAGAAGGCAGAUGAUCAAAAUAUGAAGAAAGGAGGAAAUGGUCCAUUUGACUUGGCUUCAUCUUCUGUAAAUUCACAGCAGUUACCCCAUGGGGAGGAGCAACCAUGUAAAGAUAGCUCCUUGCAAGAGAGGGCUGAUCAGGCACAACAGACAGCUGGUGCAUCCCAAGGGCAAGAAUCUAUGUCAAAGCAUCUUUCAGAUGGAAAUUCUGUUGCCUCUAGCUCACCAACGGUUCAUUCACAUCAGCAAGAACUUGGAAGAGGAAAGAUCACCCAGGAACCAUCCCAAAGAGAGCAUCUCUCCCUUCAGAAAACGGUUGCUUCCAACCAGAGUAUUGAAGCCUUUGGGCGUACUUUGAAACCAUCUGAUUUUCCACAUCAAAAUUAUUCCCUAUUGCACCAAAUGCAGGCUAUGAAGGGUGCAGAGACUGAUCCGAGUAGAAAGGGUGUGAAGAGGCCAAGAGCAGAUUUUGGUUCUGAUGCUGAACAGACAGUUGCUAAGACCAGUCAGCGUUCUGUAUAUGGAUACAGUAAAUAUGUCAGAGAUCCAGCAGAAAAUGAACUGAAUGCAGCACCCCAAAGAUCCUUUCCUUCAUCAGAUUCUAAAAUGCUAUGCUUUUCUUCGGAGGGAAAAGAUCUAAAUGCAAAUUCGUCCUCUCAACUUCAUGUUGGAGAUGUUCCUUCUCAGGAUAUGGCCAUGUUUGGAGGGAACAAUCAAAAUCAUUCCAGUCAUACUAUGCAUCCUGGUACAAUAUCUACACCUCUUAGAGGAGCUGAGCGACCCCAGAUUAAUCCACAGAUGGCACCAUCCUGGUUUGAGCGGUAUGGGACUUAUAAGAAUGGGCAGAUCCCAGGAAUGUCCGAUGGAAUGGACAAUUCAAGGAGGCCUGCAAAAGCUGCUGCUCAGCAGUUCUUUUUUGGAAAGGCUUCUGAUAGCUUGCAUGCCAAUACUGCAACAGAGCAAGAAACUGCUGUUGAUGCCAGUCAGGUUGCUGGUGUCUGGCAAAGUCCAGCAAACUUAGCAGCAGCGAAUGAGCACUUGUCUUCCCCCCACUCUUUGCCUCCAGUUGUUCUUAAUCAGACUUUGGCUGUUGUGAGGCCAAAGAAGCGUAUAAGUGUGGCAUUAGAGCUACCAUGGCACAAAGAAGUCACAGAAGGCUCUGAGAGGCUUCAAAAUAUCAGCAUGGCAGAACUGGAUUGGGCACAGGCUGCAAAUCGGCGGAUUGAGAAGGUGGAAGAUGACUCCGAAAUGAUGGAAGAUGGACCAUCAAUGCCUCGACCACGAAUAAGGCUUAUUUUAACAACACAGCUGAUGCAGCAACUUCUUCGCUCAUUACCGCCAGAAAUUCUCCGCGCGGAUGCCACUGCAGAAUAUGACAGUGUGACAUACUUCGCUGCUAAAUUAGCACUAGGAGAUGCAUGCAGCCUGAUCUCUUACUCUCAAAGUGAUUCUCAUGUGCACCCUAACAACAGAAACAUUAUAACUGAAAAGCUGAAGGCUUCUGAGAGUGUAGAAGAUCAAUUUCUAUCGAAAGUUGUGGAAGACUUCAUUGGGAGAGCAAGGAAGCUGGAGGAUGAUCUGCUGAGGAUGGACAAACAGGCUUCAAUCGUGGAUAUAAAGGUCGAAUGCCAGGAUCUGGAGCGGUUCUCCAUUAUCAAUCGUUUUGCCAGAUUCCAUGGGCGGGGCAGCGCGGAUGGGGCCGAGAGCUCGUCGUCCUCUGAUGCAAUGGCCCGGAGACCGUUCCCACAGAGAUACGUGACGGCGGUAGCAAUGCCUAGAAAUCUUCCCGAGGGGGUGCCCUGUCUUUCACUUUAAUCAUUAAUUAAAUUGAUUUUUUCCCCUUUUGCCGCCAUUUCUCUGCCUUGCAUUAUCUCGCUCCCUACCUUCCGUUCAGGCUCAGUGGUGUGCUGGGCCAAUGCCUCAUAAUAAUAAUGUAUAUUAGAUAUGUAUUUACAUAUAAUUAAUAUGUAGAAGUUGCUCA